AACCAAAUCCAUUUGAUCACCCAGGAAAAUGAGAACACCAAGGUUCCCUUCACCAUGGAAAAUCCUUGCUGCUGCAAUGUUCCUGCUAGUCCUCACUUCUCGAUCGACAUGGAUCGUAUGGCUUCCAAGCAGUCCAUCUUCAACUGGUACCCAAAACAUUGUCACCACUAACAACAUCAGUACUACUGUCAACAUCAUCCCAACCAAAGGACAUGGAUUCCCUCCAGUUCUAGCCUUCUGGAUAUUUGGUAGCGCUGGAGACUCGAAGAGGAUGUCGAGGCUGCUGAAUUCGGUCUACCAUCCCAGGAACCAGUACCUGAUGGAACUUGAUGCAGAGUCCUCUGAUGGGGAGCUUGCUGAUUUGGCAGUGUGGGUUGAAUCCCAGUCUGUAUUUGCAACCUUUGGUAACGUCAAUGUCGUUGGCAAGAAGAGCUUUGGUGUUAACCAGAUGGGUGCCUCGGCUCUUGCUGCAAUGCUCCAUGCUGCUGCUGUGCUGAUGAGGUUGAGCCCACAUUGGGAUUGGUUUGUCAAUUUGAGCCCUGAUGACUACCCACUUGUCACUCCUGAUGACUUGCUGCAUGCCCUCAGCUCCUUGCCAAGAGAUCUCAAUUUCGUCCAUUACACGAAUUCCACUGACUGGAAAGAGAAAGACAAGAAGAACCAAAUAGUGGUGGAUCCAAGCUUACAUCUGCAAAAGGGCAGCUACCUUUACUAUGCUGUAGAGCAACGAGACGCGCCUGAUGCUUUCCAGAUAUAUGGAGGUUCUCCUAGGGUGAUUCUGACAAGGAACUUCCUGGAGUACUGUGUGCAAGGUUGGGACAAUCUCCCUAGGAAACUGCUGAUGUACUUCACCAACACAGCCUACCCACUAGAGUCCUACUUCCACACUGUCCUCUGCAACUCCCCUGACUUCCAAAACGCGACAGUUUUGGACUCCGAUUUGAGGUACAACAUCAUCGUCGAUGGGAGCGAUCUGCAGUACACGGACAUGUUGGACAGUGGAGCAGUGUUUGUCCGAGGAUUCAGAGGUGGAGAUAGAGAGGACCGGGUGAUUCGAGACAAGGUUGAUGAUGCUGUCUUCAAGGGGCGAAGGUCGUGGCAAUGGUGCCUGUCAGAAGGUGGAGGGAGUACAAAGGAUGAUGAUGCUGAUAUGUGUUCAUCAAGUUGGGGGAACAGCAGCAGCAGUAUCAUUGAUGUUGUGAAGGCAGGGGCUUAUGGGGACUUGUGGAAGGAGUUCUCGAACUCUGACACUGCAAGAAAGGUGGUGAAGCUGAAGGCCUUUGAUAAGUUUGACAACACGGCUGAUGCUUUGGAGGCAGCAACCAAAAUCAUCGACGGCUCAACCACUAAAAGCCUGCGAAAAUUCCUGAAAACUCACUGUGAGGGCGAGAAAUUGGCUGUGGCUGACUCGAAGCUGGGAAAUGCAAUCAAGGAGAAAUUGAAAAUCGACUGUGUGCACAACAAUGGUGUCAUGGAGUUGAUGAGAGGCGUGAGGAGCCAGUUGGAAGAACUUAUAGCUGGUCUAGGGAGCCAAGAUUUAGCACCAAUGAGCCUCGGUUUGUCUCAUAGCUUGUCUAGAUACAAGCUGAAGUUUAGCCCUGACAAGGUCGAUACAAUGGUUGUUCAUGCUAUUGGCGUGCUUGACGACCUUGACAAGGAGCUUAACAGGCUUGCAAUGAGCCUCAGGGAAAUUUACGGUUGGCAUUUUCCAGAGCUCGCCAAGAUUGUUAAUGACAACGUUGUCUAUGCUAAAGCUGUGAAGUUGAUGGGUUUCCGUGAGAACGCUGCAAAACUUGAUUUCUCCGAGAUAUUACCUGAGGAGGUCGAGGAAGAAGUGAAGGAAGCAGCCAAGAUAUCGAUGGGGAGUGAAAUGGACGAAUAUGACAUGGCAAAUAUAAUGGAGCUCUGCAACAGGGCCUUGUCUCUAGCCGAAUACAGGCCUCAACUGUACGACUACCUGAAAAGUAGGAUGAACGCCGUUGCACCUAAUUUGACAGCUCUGGUUGGAGAGCUUGUUGGAGCUCGGCUGAUUGCCCAUGCAGGCAGCUUGAUGAAUCUCGCCAAGCAGGCAGGGAGCACUGUCCAGAUUCUCGGAGCAGAGAAGGCCCUAUUCAGAGCUCUAAAGACGAAGCACGCCACACCUAAAUACGGGCUGAUCUACCAUGCAUCCCUCGUUGGCCAAGCAGCACCUAAGCUGAAAGGGAAGAUUUCGAGGUCGCUUGCUGCUAAAGCUGCUCUUGCCAUUCGAUGUGAUGCUCUUGGAGAUGGCGGCCAAGAUAACUCCGUCGGACUAGAGAACCGUCUUAAGCUGGAAGCGAGGCUGAGGAGUCUCAAGGGCGAGGAAUCGGGACGUUCUGCAGGUUCAGUUAAGGGGAAGCCGAAGAUCGAAGUCUAUGAUAAGGAUAGAAAGAAGGGAGGAGCAGCUGGAAUGACCUAUAAUCCUUCUACUGAUGCUGUUCUCGAACAAACACCGAAAUCAGUUGGAGAGGAGACGGUCGAGAUGAAGAGGAAGAUUGAUGAGGAAGCUCCUGCUACUGAAGAGAAGAAAGCCUUUUCUUUGGACAAGAAGAAGAAAAAGAGCAAAGAUGUUGAAGCUACUGAAGUCACAAAUGGAGAUGCUGAUGGUAAUAAGAAGGAGAAGAGGGAUAAGAAGAAGAAAGAAGCUGAAGCUGGACAGACUGAUGCUGUUGAAGAUGGUGUGAAGAAGAAGAGUAAGAGGAAGCGGUCUUCUGAGUUGGAGGAGGAAGCAACAGAGAGUCAUACUAGCAAGAAGAAAAAGAAGAAUCAAGUUAAAGAAUGAGUAAGAACUAAGAAUGUGUGGGACACUUUUUUUUACGGAAAGUGCUCCUAGGAGAGGGAUAAUAUGGUUAUGUCAUUCGGAUGGUAAGUAGGACUAAUGAGUUUCAUUAGGGAGAUUUUUUGUGGUUUGAAAUCGCAUGAUCUGCUUGAAGGGAUUUUUCAUUUCAUUUUAUUUGUGGGUGAUAAAGGACCUAUAUUAUUAGAAUACUAAUCAAGGUUAAGA